CUCUCUGUCCCUGUCUAACAUUUGACUGAAACCCAUUUCUUCUCUCCACUCCCGUCGCCACUUGCCCAUAUGGCUCCACCGCCGCCCAUGUCCGCCGCCGCGGCCUCCCGGAGGAGGAGGACCCAGGCCCCGAGGCCGCUCUCGGAGCCCCCAUUGUUCGAGGAGGACAGCUCCGAUUACUGCGACGUCCGAUGCGAGACCUGCGGAUCUGGGGAUUAUGCCGCUCAGCUGCUCCUCUGCGACAAAUGCGACCGGGGCUACCACAUGUUCUGCCUCCACCCGAUCCUCGUCGCCGUGCCCAAGGGAGCGUGGUUCUGCCUCUCCUGCUCCCGGCUCAAGAAGCUCAAGUCAUUUCCUCUCGUUCAAACCAAAAUCAUCGAUUUCUUCCGCAUCCGGGCAUCGUCAGAAGCAAAGCAAUGUCCAAUUCAAGAGACCCCCAAGCGGCGGAAGCGAGCUGGUAGCUUAGUGGUAUCCAAAAAGAGGAGAAAGCUCUUGCCUUACAGUCCGAGCGAGGACCCUUUGAGGAGAAUGAAGCAAAUGGCUUCACUAGCCACGGCUCUCACAGCCACUGGGGCGAAGUUCAGCGACCGGCUCACUUAUGUGCCGAGCAUGGCUCCUCGGUCGGCUAAUCGUGCUUCUCUCGAGCACGGAGGCAUGCAGGUUUUGCCAAAAGAAGAUGUUGAGACCUUGAACUUGUGUAAGAGCAUGAUGAAACGAGGGGAAUGUCCUCCCCUCAUGGUCAUUUUUGAUCCUCGUGAAGGGUUCACUGUUGAGGCAGAUAAGUGCAUCAAGGAUCUGACAAUCAUCACUGAGUACACAGGCGAUGUAGAUUACUUACGGAAUCGCGAACAUGAUGAAGGGGACAGCAUCAUGACUCUCAUUUCAGCGUCUAAUCCUUCCCAGAGCCUCGUGAUCUGUCCCGACAGCAAGGCCAAUAUAGCUCGAUUUAUUAAUGGGAUAAAUAAUCAUACACCGGAAGGGAGAAAGAAGCAGAACCUCAAAUGUGUGAGGUACGACGUUGGGGGAGAAUGCCGGGUACUUCUUGUUGCGAACCGAGACAUAUCAAAAGGCGAGAGGCUGUAUUACGACUACAACGGGUACGAGCAUGAGUACCCCACCGAGCACUUUGUCUGAGCGGCUUCUCUGAUCUCUCACCCACCACCAAGCACUCAAGUUAUUGGACCGUGACCAAUAGGCACCAUCUAACUGGCUAAUUGUACACAUGCUGUUUGUUGGAAAUUUUGAUUGUGACAAUCAAUUGAAAGAGGAAUCAAUAAAGUUAGUAUUUUUUUUUUUUUUGUAA